UUAGCUUUUACUUACGAUCAAAGUGAUACUGAGCUGAUACGUGCGGAAGUACCCAACUAACAACUUGUGGUCGCUGAGAUUGUAUCUGUCCUUACUUUUAGAUUCCAUAGGAUAUACGUUGGACCACAUGAACUAACUUUACUGGUAGACAAGACUCAGGAGGCUACCAUGACAAAGACCAAUGUGUCAUUUCUUGUGUCACCUAGGAGUGCUUUAGAACCUAUCAAUUUCAAAUCUCUGCAUGGGAAAACUUAUAAUAUGGAUUUUCUCAUGCUCCGGUCUUAAUCUCUAACGAAGAACCCUCUCCAGCAACUUUCGAGAACUGAUCGGUGCCCAAGGGAGUCCACUCCCCAAUGGCAAAAAGUGAAUGAUGCAAAUGUUCAAAAAAUACUAAUUAUUCAUGGAUGGUAUGAUUUUUUACAUGAUACACAUGUAAUGUAACUUAGAUGUGAAAUUCAUCCUGAUAUCAAGAACCAGAAAAGGCACACUGCCAUACUUUGCACUCCUCAUAUAUGCUAAGAUUGUCAACUUGUCUUUCUUGUAUACUGAAUUCUUGAUAUGAUUGGAACUAAUAUGAUAUAUCAAGAUUCUAAAUUUUUACAUAAAUUUAUGUGUAAUUGUUUACUAAGUCCAUGAAAUUAUAUGAUUUUUUUGAUACACUAUAUCUUGAUAUUUUAUGGAUUUUCAAAAAAAAGGAUGUGUUUCCAGUGGACAAAUAAAAUCCCCCCUCCCUACAUUUUCGCCGGAUUUCAUGUAGGUUUGUUGUUAAAAAUUCUGUAGUUAUCUACUUUUGGGACACCACUUGUAUUUUUCAUUGUUCAAUGAGUAACAGAGAAUGACUUUUCAAGUGCUUACGUUUAGAAUCUUCAGAAAAUGUGUUUUAUAUACUUGGUCUAGGACCUUUCAAGAGCACACCCAUGUGGCUUAAAUAUUAUCUCAUAAAGUGGUAUGCUUUUCAUCUGCUUGAUAUAAAUACGCUAUUGCUCCACAGACCGUGCAACAAAGAAUUAUGUUAUAUUAUUUUUUGGCACUCAUUAUUUGAUAUGUUCCCACCAGCUGCAGAAUAGGCAUAAUUUAGUGGAGCGGCGAUGUUUUAUGUAUUCACUAGGGCUAGCUGCAACACGGUAGCAGAAAUAUUUAGGGUUGUGCCAUUUCCAUAUUUGUUUGGUGCACUGAACUUUUGUUACCAUCAGAAUGGAGACAUCACAUAGUGGGAAGUGUCAUGUCAUUAUUAAAGAUGAGCAGGUUCUGGCCACAUCUACCAUCUUCUGUCAUCAGUCUGCUUAGUACAGGUAUGUAAUGAUUUAAAUGAAGCACAUAGUGCUUCAUAAUUCUGUUUUAUCAUUUAAAUAAUAAUUAAAUAUAGUGCUCAACACGGUUUUUAUUCUGUCUGUACAGGGUUCUUACUCUUUCCUGCAUAGGAAGGUCAUUUCGGAACAUUAUUGCCUAACCAAUUAACCAGUUUUUCAGCUCCUUUAAGAGAAUAAUCCCUUUCUCACUUACGUUUCUGUUGGAUGCUGCGAUUUCGGUCUUCUCUCUGUUUUACACUUUAUAUAAUGGCAUGACAUCAGAUUAGUGUGCUAGAUAUAUGUUCGACCACAUCUUUGAAUGUAGAGGAUAGCAAUGUAUGCAUGAUAUGUUGAGAAGUCAAUCUAGUCAGGGUUACGGUUAAGCUUAUGUAAUCUUCGAUACAAAUCCAGAGUCUCGUUCCAUGAUUUCUUCAUUCAUUUGUGCUCAUUAUUGUCAGUAUUUCUAUCUGACACAAUGCUCUUCAGGAGUACACACCAGGGCUGGGGAUUGAACCCAGGUCUUUUGGCUGCACACAUCACGUCGCCGCCACCUUGACCAACGAGGGUCCCAAUUUGCAGUAAUAUAUGUUCACUAACAUUUAUUUUUUCAAUAAUUGUAGAGUGUAGUCAUGAUAUCAUUGUGGAUUAUAAUUUAUGAAUGAAGGUAGUCCUCAAAAAAAAUUACGAAUGGAAGUUAGAGUUUCUUAUGAAGGAUAUUGCUUGUCUUUUCAGUAUAUAUCCAUUUUCUCUCUCUAAUGUAUACAGUUCUUAGCUAACUGCAUUUUCUAUCACUGUUCCUACCUCCGAGAACUCAUAUAUAUACAUUACAGCAUGGUGUUUAUGCAGAAUAUUCUUCUUGCACAAUGACAUCACACGUAUUCCUGCGUACAGUUAGGAAGUAUCAAAUUAACGGCCACCUUUAAAGAUAUCUGUAUUUUAUAAUCCAAAAGAAAGGACAACAGACUGCAUAUAGGCAGAUGUUCAAAAGUUUGGUCCUAUCAAUAUCUUAGUUAUUCGCAUAAUUUGGACCAAGGCAAAUCAAGCAUAUUAGAAGACGGAGCAACUUUACGUGUUUCCCUGCUUUUAGCAUGGUUGUUGCAUGCAUUUUGGAUGAGCGUGUUUCCUUCCUUAAUAUCUGGAUAUUUAUCUUCAGAUUCUCAGGCUUCAGUACAUAUCUGUUGUUGAAACUCAACAUACAUUGGACAGAUCCACUUUGUCGCCCAUGCAAUAAAUGAUCCGUGCUUUAUUUUUUGCAUUUUAUCUCCCUUCUUUUCUUAGAAAUGGACAUCUAGUCAAUUAUCACAAGAAAGUGCUUUGCUAGUGCUAGUGCUAAUGCUAACUUCAUGCACCACCCUUCUCUUUAAAAGGCAAGGUAAUGAACAUGGUGUAGUCCAACAGCACUUGUAGUUUGUGAUGGAUGCCAGUACUCCAAAGUCUGGGACGAGCUUCUUCAAAACUUGCUUCAAUGGAGUUAAUGCUCUCUCAGGGGUUGGAAUAUUAUCCAUUCCUUAUGCAUUGUCUCAAGGAGGAUGGUUGAGCGUACUUAUCUUCACAACUAUAGCUGUUAUCUGCUUCUACACUGGGAUUCUCCUACAAAGAUGCAUAGAUUCAAGCUCCCUUGUUAAGACAUAUCCUGAUAUAGGUGAGCUAGCUUUUGGCCGGAAAGGAAGAAUCAUAGUUGCAAUAUUCAUGUACCUGGAGCUGUACCUUGUGGCAAUUGAUUUCAUGAUAUUAGAGGGUGAUAACCUGGAGAAAUUAUUUCCAAGUGUCAAGUUCCAUGUCGCUGGACUCAAGAUUGGAGGCAAGCAAGGGUUCGUUCUGAUUUUCAGCAUGUUAGUUUUGCCAACGACAUGGUUUCGGAGCUUGAAUGCCCUUGCGUAUGUCUCUGUUGGAGGAAUCUUGGCUUCCAUCAUUCUCAUCGCCUCUGUUGCAUGGGUGGGAGCAUUUGAUGGAAUUGGUUUCCAUGAGAAAGGCGUGCUUCUGAACUGGGCCGGUAUUCCAACUGCGAUGAGCUUAUAUUCAUUCUGUUUCAGUGGCCAUGCAGUUUUUCCCAUGAUAUACACCGGAAUGAGUAACAGAAAAAUGUUCCCAGCAGUGUUGCUCCUCUGUUUCAUCAUCUGCACUCUUGGCUAUGGACUGAUGGGCGUGAUCGGGUACUUGAUGUACGGUGAUUCGCUGAUGUCCCAAAUUACGCUCAACCUGCCAUCAAGGAAUUUGAGCUCCAGCAUCGCCAUCUACACCACGCUGAUCAAUCCGUUCACCAAGUUUGCGUUGCUGGUCACUCCAAUAGCAGAGGCGAUUGAGGACAGUCUCCAUGUUGGCAAGAACAAAGCUGCCAGCCUCUCCAUCAGGACUGCGCUGGUUGUCAGCACAACCAUAGUGGCACUUGUCGUGCCGUUCUUCGCCUACGCCGUUGCGCUCACCGGCUCAUUGCUAAGCGGCACUGCCACGAUGCUGCUGCCAUGUGCUUGCUACCUGAAGAUCAGAUCCAGGACUUGCAGAAAGCUGGGGUUCGAGCAGGUGGUUUGCGUGGCUAUUAUCAUUGUUGGGGUAGGAGUUGUAGUCGUAGGCACCUACAGUUCACUGAAACAGAUCUUCCAGAGCUUAUGAAUUUUAUGAGCAAGGAUGUGGAACGAACCAUAUGUGGAGCCUAUUCUAGUACAGCAAAUAAUGGCUGUGCUCUGUACCUAUAAUACUCUGGCAAGAUAUAGAUAGAAAUUUAGGUCACAUAAGACUGAAUAGGAAUAAUGGCUAAGGUCUUGGGAAUGGAGACUUACUUAUUCCGAAGAAACUGCUUGUACUAUCUAUCAUGUUAUAAACAUUAUUGAAAUGUA